GUCAAUGUUAUUUGGCGGGAGUUUGUCGGAAUUCUUCAUUUCCAUCCGACUUUUUUAUUUACUUUUUCUUUAAAUCGGAAUCUCGUAAGUUUUCGCGAUGGUGAAGAAACCGAUCAGCAAGAUGUACGUGAUUAAACGAGAUGGGAGACAGGAGGCCGUUCACCUGGAUAAGAUUACUUCGAGAAUCCAGAAGCUGUGUUACGGUCUGAAUAUGGACUUUGUUGACCCGCUCUCGAUCACGCUGAAGGUUAUCAAUGGGCUGUAUCCCGGUGUAACGACGGUAGAAUUAGACACAUUAGCGGCCGAAACCGCAGCCUCUAUGACUAUAGAUCAUCCCGAUUACGCAGUACUGGCUGCUAGAAUUGCCGUGUCAAAUCUGCACAAAGAAACGAAAAAGCAGUUUAGCGAUGUUAUUAACGAUUUGUAUAACAUAGUGAAUAAGCAGACAAUGAAACGUACAACGAUAAUAUCGGAUACACACUACGAGAUAAUAAUGAAGAAUGCAGAUCGGUUAAAUUCCGUUAUUAUUUACGACAGGGAUUUUUCUUACAACUACUUUGGAUUUAAGACCCUUGAGCGAUCAUACUUGCUCAAAAUUAACGGUAAGAUCUCCGAGAGGCCGCAACACAUGCUCAUGAGAGUUGCAGUUGGUAUCCACGGAGAGGAUAUUGAAAGCGCAAUUGCAACUUACAAUCUUCUUUCUGAAAGAUACUUUAGUCACGCGAGCCCCACUCUAUUCAACGCGGCCACCAUAAGGCCGCAACUUUCAUCGUGUUUCCUCUUGAUGAUGCCCGACGACAGUAUCGAGGGCAUCUGCAAGUGUUUGACACAGUGCGCGUUCAUUUCGAAAUCGGCCGGUGGCAUCGGCAUCAACGUUCAUAACAUCCGCGCGAAGGGGUCGUUAAUAACCGGCACCAAUGGUGUCUCAAACGGCCUCGUGCCGAUGUUGAAAGUAUUCAACUCGAUGGCCAAGUAUGUGGACCAAGGGGGAAACAAACGACCCGGCGCCUUCGCCAUUUAUCUCGAACCUUGGCACGCCGACAUCAUGGAGUUUCUCAACUUGAAGAAGAACACCGGCAAAGAGGAGCUGAGGGCAAGGGAUUUAUUCUACGCCCUGUGGAUCCCGGACCUGUUCAUGAAAAGGGUAGAGUCUAAUGGGGUGUGGUCUUUGAUGUGUCCCAAUCAGUGUCCUGGCUUAUCGGACUGCUAUGGGGAAGAGUUCGAGCAGCUUUACGCCAAAUAUGAGGAACAGGGAUUGUUUGUUAGGCAAGUACCCGCGCAAGAGGUAUGGCGGGCCAUCAUAUCUUCGCAGGUCGAAACGGGAACGCCCUAUAUGUUGUACAAGGACGCGUGUAACAGGAAAUCAAAUCAGCAGAAUCUCGGCACCAUUAAGAGCAGCAACCUGUGCACCGAAAUCAUCGAGUACACGUCACCCGACGAGGUGGCCGUGUGCAAUUUGGCCUCCAUCGCGUUGAACAUGUUCGUGUCCGCGGAUAGGCAGAAGUUCGACUUUCACAAGCUGAAGGAGAUCACGAAAGUCGUGACGAAAAAUUUGGACAAGAUUAUCGACAUCAAUUACUACCCGAUCCCCGAGGCCGAGAAUUCGAACAAAAGGCAUAGGCCCAUUGGCAUUGGGGUUCAAGGCCUCGCCGACACUUUCAUCCUGCUCCGUUUACCGUUCGAAAGCGAGGAGGCGGCCCGCCUCAAUCGCCAAAUCUUCGAGACCAUUUACUACGGCGCCCUGGAAGCGAGUUGCGAGAUUGCCGAGAAGGCGGGGCCGUAUCAGACGUACGCGGGUUCGCCAGUAAGCCGAGGCAUCCUUCAAUACGAUAUGUGGAACGUCACACCUACCGAUCUCUGGAACUGGGAGGAGCUUAAGAUAAAAAUCGCCCAACACGGCGUCAGGAACUCGCUACUCGUAGCUCCCAUGCCUACAGCUUCCACGGCUCAGAUUUUAGGCAAUAACGAGAGCAUAGAGCCCUACACGAGCAAUAUUUAUACUCGUCGGGUGCUCUCUGGUGAAUUCCAGGUGGUCAAUCAACACCUGCUCAAAGAUCUUACCGACCGAGGUCUGUGGGACGACAGGAUGAAGAACCAGAUCUUGGCAAAUUACGGCUCGAUUCAGAAUAUCCCGGGCGUGCCUGACGAUCUCAAGGCCAUUUACAAAACCGUCUGGGAGAUAUCGCAGAAGGCGAUCAUCAACAUGGCCGCCGAUCGGGGCGCUUUCAUAGAUCAGAGCCAGAGUUUGAACAUCCAUGUGGCGAAGCCCAAUUACGGCGUGCUGACUUCGAUGCACUUUUAUGGAUGGAAUAAGGGGUUGAAGACAGGAAUGUAUUAUCUGAGGACCAAGCCGGCGGCCAACCCUAUACAGUUUACGGUCGACAAGAGUAAGUUGCUGGUGAAGAAUGGCGACGUAAAGAACGGCGAUGCGAAGAACAGUGAAGAUGAGGCAGCGGCAGCGAUGAUGUGCUCCCUGCAGAAUCCAGAGACGUGCGAGAUGUGCAGCGCUUAGAUAAUUUUAUUAGGUUAGAUCACGCAGUCUUGGAGUUUCGCAAAGAUUUAUUUUAAUCUGUAUUGCUAUUACUAAGACUAAUUAAUUAAUCUUUAAGGAUGUCCUGUGAUCGAGUUUUUUACUUGUCAACUACAAGCUAUAUUAAUUUUUUCGACGAUUGAGUUUUAUUUCUAAAUGUGGUAUACCAAUGAUAUAUGGGUCAUUCAACCAAUUUACACCGAAUUAAAUAAUACAUCGCUCUAGUUCCUACUACCAUUUCUUUUGUUUUAAAUUGUAUAUCUGUACCACGUUUUAUAAUAAGUUGU